GGACUCCUCUCAGCCACUCGCAGCCAGGACCUGGUUCUGCGUCGACUCACCCGGAGAAUGCCCUCUGAUAACACACGCCCACCGUAUGCGGGAGAAAGCAGGAAACUCAUUAUCAGCAUCGACGUUGGAACAACUUUUACUGCAGCGUCAUUCUGCUUGCUCCAACCUGGAAACGUGCCGAAGUUCGAAGAGAUUUUGCGGUGGCCCAAACAGGCCACACCUGAUGCCAAAGUCCCUUCUGUGCUCUACUACGACCGUCAAGGCAAGGCUAGAGCCUUCGGCGCGGAAACGGAGGAUGAGGAUACCGUCAUUGAGGCCGAGGAAAAUGAAUGGCGGAAAGUCGAAUGGUGGAAAUUGCACCUGCGACCUAGCCAUCUUCCCAUUAUCCGAGAUCUCCAACUUCCUCCCCUACCAGCCGGCGUCACUCUCCAGAAGAUCUUUACCGACUUUCUUCGCUACAUCAAGGACCAAAUAAAAGCAUACAUCACGCAAACAUACGGGUCUGGCGGCAAUCUGUGGGAUGUCCUCAGCCCGACGAUGUAUGUCAUCCUGACCACCCCAAAUGGUUGGGAGGGAUCUCAGCAGAGUCGCAUGCGGGAGGCUGCCAUCGCCGCUGGACUCGUCUCCCAUGACGGUGGAAGGAGAGUGAGGUUCGUUACGGAAGCUGAGGCUGCUGUCCUAUAUGCAGCAGAUAGCGGAAACGUUGAAGAUUGGCUGGUCGAGGGUAGCCAUUUGAUCCUUUGCGAUUGUGGAGGAGGAACAGUUGAUAUCACUGGCUACAAAAUUAACGCAGUAAAACCUGCUUUAAAGUUGGAGGAAUCGGCUGCGUCGCGGUGCUACCUUGCUGGUGCUGUGUUUGUAACACAGGCCGCUCAAGCAUUCUUCAGAGCCCGGCUGAGCGGUACCGAAUGGGCUGACGAAGAACGUCUGCAGCGAGUUGUCUACCAUUUUGAUCGCAAUGCGAAAAAGAAGUUCAGCGAGACUGAUGCUGCUUGCUAUGUCCAACUGGAUGGGCAUAAGACAAUCCCCGAGAAGAACAUUACCCGCGGACGACUCAAAAUCACCAGGGAAGAGAUGGAGUCGUUUUUCAAGGCUCCCCUGGAUGAUAUCAAACGGGGUCUUGAUAUCGCGUUUGAGAAUGGUGGAAAGCUCGCUGAUAAAGUCAUCCUCGUCGGUGGUCUUGCGAGCUCUCCAUAUGUUUUUUCCAAACUAGUCGCAUGGGGAGACGAGUAUGGAAUCUCGGUCACGCGUCCUGAUGGCCCCACCGUCAAAGCAGUUGCGAACGGUGCCCUUGCCUGGCACCUUGAUGCCAGUGUUGGCUCCCGAAUCGCCAAAUACCACUAUGGAAUCGCUGUCCGUACCGCCUUUGACAAUACCAAGGCAGAUCAUCGCGCCAGGGCCAGCCAAAAGUAUGUCGAUCUAGAUGGCGAGGAAGUUGUUGACGGCGUAUGGGCUUGUAUUGUCGACAAAAAUGCGAAAAUCGAAGCAACGAAGGAGUUCCGGAAACCUUUCACGACCACGUACAAAGCGGACGCCACAGACUUUGCCUAUUCGUUGCGAAUAUAUGCAUAUCGACGCUUGACUGCUCCCGCUUUCGUCAAGUUCCCCGGGAAAAACACCUUUCAGCCUGGUUUCGACAGUAUCUGCAACGUCGAAGCUGAUUUGUCAAAAAUAUUCCAAGCCACACGCGUGCAAGUAGGAAAAACGGGACAAAAAAUUAAGCGGGUUUCGUUCGAAGUCUGCCUCACUCUGGGCGACACCGAAAUCAGCGCUAGGAUGCGAUGGUUGGAGAAUAAUCAGCAUGUUUAUGGGGCCGCCACCGUUGCCUAUGACUAA